GCGGCGGUGUCGCGCUUACAAGUACUUUGUCCUUCGCGGCGCUCCGUGGUCCGGGCAACCGACUGGGAAACGGCUGGCGUCGCUGUCCCGGGCGCCGCGGGACUCUCGAGUCCGGUGAGCGCGUGCUCGAGUUUAGGCUGGCGACUCUUCGCAAACUCAAGAGAAGCACGAGUCAGAGAUGGCGCUCCCCACGCUGCCCUCGUAUUGGUCCAGCCGGAGACCCCAGUUUCAGAAUGUAGCUCGCCAGCGAGAGCAGGAGGCCCAACUUCGCCAGCAGUGGGAACAGAACAGCCGUUAUUUCAGGACUUCGGAUUUCCGCAGCUCCAAACAGGCGCAAUGGAGCUCCGAGACCUCCUACCAGCGGAGCAUGCACGCCUACCAGCGUGAGAAGAUGAAGGAGGAGAAGAGGAGGAGUCUGGAGGCCCGGCGUGAGAGACUCAGGCGGCUUGUGCUAGAGGAGCAGGACCUGCUGGCCGCUGAGCUGGAAGGGCUGAGUUUGAGCAUGAGCCUGCGGGAACAGAGAAUCCGGGAACAGCACAGGGAUCUGAAGUCAGCCCGGGAAGAGCGAAGGAAACUGAUUGCUGAACAACUUUUAUAUGAUCACUGGAAAAAGAACAACCCCAGGCUUCGAGAGGUUGAGUUGGACCUUCACAAGAAGCACGUGAUAAAUUCUUGGGCAACACAGAAAGAAGAAAAAAAACAGCAAGAAGCUGCUGAGGAGCAGGAGAUGAAGCGGUUUGAAAAUGAGUAUGAAGCAGCUCGCAGGGAAGCCAUGGAACGGAUGAAAGCAGAGGAGGAGAGGAGGCAGCUGGAGGGGAAGCUGCAGGCUGAAGCAUUGCGUCAGCAGAUGGAGGAGCUGAAGCAGAAGGAGAUGGAGGCAACCAAGCUGAAGAAGGAGCAAGAGAACCUGCUGAAGCAACACUGGGAGCUGCAGAGGCUGGAGGAAGACAGAAGGCAGAUGGCAGCCCUCCGGUGCAAGGCUGAGCUGGGGCGCUUCUUGAGACAUCAGUACAACGCACAGCUCCAUAGGCGGACCCAGCAGAUCCAGGAGGAGCUGGAGGCAGAUGGGCGGAUCCUGCAGGCACUCCUGGAGAAGGAAGACGAGCUGCAGCGUGUCCAACUGGCCCGGCGGGAACAGGCCCUGGCCGACGCAGCCUGGAUGAAGCAGGUCAUCGAGGAGCAACUGCAGCUGGAGAAAGCUCGGGAGGCAGAGCUGCAGCUACUGCUGAGGGAGGAGGCCAAGGAGAUGUGGGAAAAGAGAGAAGCAGAGUGGGCUCGCGAGCAAAGUGCACGGGACAGACUGAUGAAUGAGGUUCUGAUGGGGAGGCAGCAGCAGAUACAAGAAAAGAUGGAGCAGAACCGGCGGGCACAAGAAGAGACCCUAAAACACAGGGAAAAACUCAUCCAGAGUCUGGAGGAGGCAAGGCAGUCGGCUCAGCGUGCAAAGGAGGAGAGGGAAGAACUGAAGUCAGCCAGGAAGCAAGAGCUGGAAGCCCAGGUCGCAGAGCACCAGCUCCAGGCUUGGGAAGCAGCACAGCAGGCGGAGGAGGAAGAGGAGGAGGUCAGGAGGGCUGAACAGCUCUCUGAUGCUCUGCUACAACAGGAGGCCAAGACCAUGGCUGAGGAGGGCUACCGGCCCAAGCCUUAUGGACACCCCAAAAUUGCAUGGGACUGACGUUAAGCACACGGAAGCAUGCCAACUUGAUAGAAAGCUCCAGACAUUUGUACAGUGCUUGUUCUGGCCAGGGCUCAGGGUGCUGCUGGGUAGUUUGGCCAGGCCUGUUCAGCACAUCGUGGUCCAGCUAGACGUCAAGAUGCCUUAGCUAUGCAGUACCCACAAGCACCCUCCCUGCUCUCCUCACCCAGACAGGUCUUACAGACUCAAGUUUACAGCGCUGUCCAGAGGUUGGAUAGUACUUUUUAAAUAGAUUUUGGAGCUACUAAGAACAAGUGGUAUUCCCAGGACGGGAUGUGUAGGUUCCCCUUGUCACGCCUGCACAUGUCAGCACUAGGGAGGACCAGUCAGAGAGGAGAGGGAGCCUGUCAGGCUUUAAAGUUGCCGUUUAAUAGGUUGUUCUGUUGAAGGGAGACUUGGAGGUCUGGGUGCAGUUAUUUCAGUUAUUAGUUGCGGAGCCCCAGAGGAUCAUGUGUGUUUGUAGAGCCUGGCAGCCUGGGCGUCAGGAAAAAACGGCGACAAAGAAGCUCCUUGUUCUGGAAGUGCUGUGAGAAUUCCCAUGGGGCUGGGGUGUGGAAGGCUUCCCUGGCAGCCUAUGGUCCUCAGUCCAGCCCCAGCCCCAGUUCCAGCAGAAAGAAACGAACCCCACAGAGCAUUAGAACACAUGCCACCCCGAAAAGAGUCCUCAAGGUCACCUGGUGGGCAAGCCUGGUAAAGGCAGGGGCGACACUAUGUCCUCCAGAGUCUGAGGAAGGCCUGUGUGUAGCCCUGUGGGAAUUAUGUGCCCAGAGGAGCCUGUGACCCUGGAGAACCACAGAUCAGCCCAUCCCCUGCUGCUGGACCCAUGUGCAGUUCCCAACUCACUUCUGCAGACAAGCUGUGAUCUUGGUAGCAUCGGUGGUAUCUUUAUGACUUGUACUUUUCCAUGCCCUUCCUCUGGGAUUCAGUUUUUAUUAUUGUAUUCAAGAUUCCAUACCUCAGUACACUCUAGCUGAUUAUAGGGCAUUGUCUGUGGUUACAGAAACAGCCCAGGUCCGAGGGCUGCGUGGCUUUCCUCCUUCCCACUGUGCAACCCUGUCCUGUCUCCUCAUUUCUCACUGUGGUUCUCGGAUGUGGCCCCUGAGCAACAUUUUCAUUAGGCACUUGUGAGUUACCUGCCUUCCAAACGCUCACUAAUUGUGAACUAAAGCGCAGGCUGUCACCGCUGUAGGAGGGUGCUCAGGAGGCCAGUGCAGACAGCCGCUGUAGGAGGGUGCUCAGGAGGCCAGUGCAGACAGCCGCUGUAG